ACUUUAAUUACUAUUAUUACUACUACUCUUUCUUUCAAGCCUCAACAACAAUUUGGUCACUAAAUUUCCUUCGAUAAUUGUGCUCCCAAACAAUGAAUCCUGCUCACAAAGAAUGUGUUGUUUUUGUUCUUGUGGUCAUCCUUUGCAUCAGUUUUCAGAAUAUAUUGCCUCUUUGAUCCAAUCACUUCUUCUUAUUCAUUCAUACAUCCCAAUAACCAAAUCAAAUCAAAUCAAAUCAAAUCAAAACACAACAAAACAAAAUCUUUCUAUAGUUUAAAUUUUUAAUUCUAUAACAAACAAACUCUUUAUGCAUGUGUCAUCUUAAAACUCCCUCUCUUUGAUCCAAUCAUCUUCUUUUUUUUUUUUUAGUCAAAAUUCUCAUCACACUUCCCAAAUCAUCAUACAUUUCUAAUUUCAACUAUUCACACUUUUCUUUCCCUCACACACUCUUCUUAUUUUUCCCUGUCUUUUUGGAUUUUUUCUCUCAAUAAUAUAUCAAUACUAAAAAAAGUUUAACUUUUUAUAAUAAAAUCUCACAUAUUUGAAUACCCUUUUGGAUAAAGUUUGAAACUUUAUAAUCCCCACAUAAAAAAAUUGUAUUAAAUCCAAAAGGGUUGUUGUAGCUAUGGAAAUAGAAGCAAGUAAAGCAUCAUUAGGAAAUGAUGUUGUUGUAACAAAUUUACCAACUUUGAGUCCUUUGAGUGAAACCCUUUGGAGAGAAAAAACAAACACAGAAUUGAUUGGUGAUGUUUCAGCAAGAUUAACAUGGAAAGAUGUUACUGUUAUGGUAACUCUUAGCAAUGGUGAAACACAAAAUGUUUUAGAGAAUUUAACUGGUUUUGCUGAACCAGGAACUUUUACUGCUCUUAUGGGACCUUCUGGCUCUGGAAAAUCAACUCUUCUUGAUGCACUUUCUAGUCGUUUAGCUUCAAAUUGUUUUCUUUCUGGAACUAUUCUUCUUAAUGGUCGCAAAGAAAAGCUAUCUUUUGGAACUGCUGCUUAUGUAACACAAGACGACAACUUAAUUGGAACGUUAACCGUACGAGAAACAAUAUGGUAUUCAGCACGUUUGAGAUUACCAGAUAAAAUGGCAAGGUCAGAUAAAAAAGCACUUGUUGAAAGCACGAUUGUAGAAAUGGGUCUUCAAGAUUGUGCCGACACAGUUAUUGGAAAUUGGCACUUGCGUGGAAUAAGUGGUGGUGAAAAAAGAAGAGUUAGUAUUGCUUUGGAAAUAUUGAUGAGACCUAGAUUGCUUUUCCUUGAUGAACCUACCAGUGGUCUUGACAGUGCUUCAGCUUUCUUUGUGACUCAAACACUACGUGCAUUAGCAAGGGAUGGAAGAACAGUUAUAGCUUCAAUUCAUCAACCUAGUAGUGAAGUCUUUGAACUAUUUGAUCAAUUGUAUUUGCUUUCUGGUGGCAAAACUGUUUAUUUUGGUCAAGCUUCAGAAGCAUACGAGUUCUUUGCACAAGCUGGAUUUCCAUGCCCUGCUUUGAGGAACCCCUCUGAUCAUUUCCUUAGAUGCAUCAAUUCUGAUUUUGAUAAAGUCAAAGCUACUCUUAAAGGAUCCAUGAAAUUGAGGUUUGAAGGAAGUGAUGAUCCUCUAGACAAGAUCACAACUGCUGAAGCUAUAAGAACUCUAAUUGAUUUCUACCGCACUUCUCAGCACUCUUAUGCUGCAAGACAAAAAGUUGAUGAAAUAUCCAAAGUUAAGGGGACAGUGCUUGAAGCUGGAGGAAGUGAAGCUAGUUUCUUGUUGCAAUGUUACAUAUUAACAAAACGUUCAUUCAUUAACAUGUCAAGGGAUUUUGGUUACUAUUGGCUUAGGCUUGUUAUCUACAUUGUUGUCACUAUUUGCAUUGGAACAAUUUACUUGAAUGUGGGAACUGGCUACAACUCUAUUCUGGCUAGAGGUUCAUGUGCAUCUUUUGUCUUUGGUUUUGUCACCUUCAUGUCAAUUGGUGGAUUUCCUUCCUUUGUUGAAGAUAUGAAGGUUUUUCAAAGGGAGAGGCUAAAUGGACACUAUGGUGUGACUGCAUUUGUUAUAAGCAACACAUUAUCUGCAACACCAUUCUUAAUAUUAAUCACUUUUCUCUCUGGAACAAUUUGUUACUUCAUGGUUCAACUACAUCCUGGCUUUUCCCAUUACAUUUUCUUUGUGUUGUGUCUCUAUGCAAGUGUCACAGUUGUUGAAAGCUUAAUGAUGGCAAUUGCUAGUAUUGUUCCUAACUUCCUCAUGGGAAUUAUCAUUGGAGCUGGGAUUCAAGGUAUAUUCAUGUUGGUCUCUGGCUACUUUAGGCUCCCACAUGAUAUCCCAAAGCCUGUUUGGCGAUAUCCAAUGUCAUACAUUAGUUUCCACUAUUGGGCAUUACAGGGUCAAUACCAAAACGAUCUUAAGGGUUUGAUAUUCGACAACCAGACACCUGAUCUUCCAAAGAUACCAGGUGAAUACAUCUUGGAGUAUGUAUUCCAAAUCGACGUCAAAAGAUCAAAAUGGAUAGAUUUAAUUGUGAUCUUAAGCAUGAUUAUCAUAUACCGCGUUAUUUUCUUCAUCAUGAUUAAAAUCAAUGAAGAUGUUACUCCUUGGGUUAGAGGGUAUCUUGCUAGGAGAAGAAUGCAACAAAAGAGUGGAGCUCAAAACACAACUAUUGCACCUGAUGUUCUCACUCAAUCUCCAUCUUUGAGAGCCUACAUUUCUAAUCAAAGGUAGGAAUUAUAGUCCUCUUUUGAUUAUUACUUUAUUUCACUUUAAUUAAUCAUGUGGACUUUUUUGUGUGUAUCUCUUUAAAAUGGCUAGUGAACAUUUUAUAAAGAGAGAUAUGAAAAUUUCACAUGAUAAACUAAUGUGAAAUUAUAUUAUAUGGUGAUACAUUAGCUUGAAGAUUGAGAUUAAAGAUAAGAAAUUAUGUCCUCCAAAUUUGAAUGAAGAUUGAAGCUUGUAGUUUUAAAUAGGAUUAGAUUUAUAUUUAACUAUAAUUCUUAUCAUUUUCAUAGGUGUUUUGCUUUUAAUUAACUAUGUUGAUAUGUGAAUUCUAGAGUGUUUAUUAUCAACUCAUGAAAUUCUAUUCUCAGUGUCCUCCUAUAUUUCAUUAA